AUGGUUCUCGCUCAGCCUCAAAACCAACAUGUUAUGAAGGCAUUUGACCUCACAGGCAAAGUUGCCAUCGUGACAGGCGGUGCUCGUGGAAUAGGACUUGAAGUGUCGAGAGGCCUGGCGGAAGCCGGUGCUAGUGUUGCCCUGAUUUAUAACUCUUCGAAAACAGCAGAAGCAACAGCUGCCGAAAUUGCGUCUGCGAACAAUGUACGAGCAGCUGCCUAUCAGGCCAACGUCACAAACCAGUCAGAGAUUGAGGCCGUGAUCCAACAGAUCGCAAAGGAUUUUGGAAAGCUCGAUAUCUUGGUUGCGAAUUCUGGAAUUGCAUCGUGCGUUGCUGCUGAGGACUAUACACCCGAUCAAUGGAGUGAGAUCAUGAAGGUAAACCUUGAUGGCGCUUUCUACUCCGCACAGGCUGCGGGACGAGUCUUCAAGCAACAAGGACAUGGCAACGUGAUAUUCACUGCAUCUGUGAGCGCGACACUAGUUAACGUGCCUCAGAAACAAACAGCAUACAACGCAUCCAAGGCCGGUGUUGUUCAGAUGGCCAAGUGCUUGUCGGUUGAAUGGGUAGACUUCUGCCGUGUUAACUGCAUCUCCCCUGGCUUCAUCGCCACUGAAAUUUUGGACAUUCAUCCUGAGGAAUGGCGGACAAAGUGGCUCAGCAUGAUUCCUGCCCAGCGCAUGGCACAAACUUAUGAGUUGAAAGGGGCCUACGUAUACUGCGCAUCUGAUGCUUCAAGCUACAUGACGGGUGCUAAUAUAGUCAUUGAUGGGGGUUAUACCUUGCCAUAG